GCCACCAAGGUUCAUUUCGUACCCCGUCGUCGAUCGCGCGCGCUCGCUGUUUCGCUCGUCUGUCGUUCCGUCUUCGUUUGCGUUCAUCAUCCACGUCGCCCGAUCGUCUUUAAAACGAACCGCUGAGUACGGAAAAUUGUUAAAAAUAGCCAAAUCAAUUUGUGAAUAGAAAAAACGUGUCACGCAUUCGUGUGCGUAUUAGUUGGUUUGUGUGCGUACGUACGUACGUACGCGUGUGUGUGUGUGUGUGUGUGCGUGUGUGUGUGUGUCCUGGUGCGCGUGUUCGUGUGUGUGUGUGUGUCGCAUUUUGUGCGGUUUUUUGUGAUAUUCUGUAUUUACCAAGAUAUAUAAAUCGUAUAGGUACGCUAUAAAAUAAAUUGGAUUUUCAUCGUCUGCACGUUAUGACUGCAGUAGGACAUUACGCCGGUGCCACCGGAAUUUACUACUAAACGAUACCAAUUUACCGGGUUAAAUCGCUUACACAUUACACGUGGAGUUCAUUUCUGUGGAAAAUUAUGUCAUCUCACGCUGCCGGACUUAGUGUUGUGAAUUCCACGUGAUAUCACCAAAAAUCGCUUGUACACAACAGUAAAAUAUUAACGAAUCGCAAUUCGUUCAUUUAACGAAUUGAUUGAAUACGAUUACGGUUUAUAAAAACUGCGAUAGAAUAUAUAUCAUGGUUUUGAGGCCCGGAUUCUGCCACCAGUGCUCCGAAUUGCUGCUCGUCGUCUGCACGAUUAGUAUUGUUAUCACAGAUGUAUCAGAAUGCUUGUUGAGCAAAUCGAACAAACAUCAAAACAACUUGGGCGAAUUCUCAGGAAAACCUGAUCUGCCGUUUUUCGAUAAGGCAGCGUCGAAAAAUGUGACGGCUCCGUUAGGAAAAACCGCAUACCUCAAUUGCAGGGUUAAAAAUCUCUCCAACAGAACCGUCUCGUGGGUCAGGCACCGGGACAUUCACCUGCUGACCGUGGGUCGGUACACGUACACCGGAGACCAACGGUUCCGGUCCAUCAAUCAACCGCCCAGCGAGGACUGGACGCUGCAGAUUAAAUACCCUCAGAUCAGAGACUCGGGAAUUUACGAAUGCCAGAUAUCCACAACGCCCCAUAUCAGCCAGUACAUUCAUCUCCAAGUCGUCGAACCUAGGACGGACAUUAUUGGAGGACCCGAAAUAUUUAUCGAUCGAGGAAGCACCAUCAACCUGACAUGCAUCGUACUUCACAGCCCGGAACCGCCGUCUUAUAUUUUCUGGAACCACAACAGUGCUAUAAUCAGUUACGAUUCGCCCAGAGGAGGUGUGAACGUAGUCACCGAGAAGGGGACGGUAACCACCAGCCAUUUGCUGAUACAGGAAGCCAGAGUCGAGGACAACGGCAGAUAUCAAUGCAAUCCGUCCAACGCGCAACCGAAGUCCAUCAACGUCCAUGUGUUGAAUGGAGAGUACCCGGCGGCGAUGCAACACGGCGGCCAGGCGCACCAGAGGACCACGCACAUGUACUGUUUGAUAUUUUUCGCGUGUAUGCUGUUGCACGUGUAAGCUGCCGUUUGGCCCCGGAGUGUGAGAAAACAUUCAAAAAUAAUUACGAAGCGACCAGCGGACGGCGGACAAACGGACCUCGACGCGCGCAUCUUCUCGCCGAUAACGCCGGUCAACGGACGUCGGUUAAUUAGAACCACGGCGUUUCAAUCCGUUCAUUUCGUCGUUAACCAUAAUAAUAUGAUAUUUUGUGUGAAUCAGAAAAAUAAAUAGAUAGUAAAUUUAUUCCACGCAUUCGCGUCAAUCAAUCUCCUACGGGUGUGCGCUGAACGAGGGUAGGUUGGGGAAGGGGAGUGAAAGACCGGCGGGGUGCGAUGAACAAUAACAAUUUAUCACGAAUGUGUACGUUCACGUUCGGUAAAAAUAGGAUGAAGAGAAAGAGUGGUAGGGAGAGAAUCGUAAUAUUUUUUUUUUUUAACGAUGAUGUACACCGCAGUACGUCGAAAGCACUAUUAGAAGUACAAAGACGUUUAUCCCGAUCGCGCGUGUAUGCGCGUUUUUCAUAUGUAAGGUCAUCUAGUUGUGGUGAUGACCGUAGUGAUCCAUUUUCCUUCAUUUUCAAUCACGACAAUUCAAUGGUUUGAUGAUUAGAAACCUUUUCCCGGUUUUUUAAAAAAAAAUAAAUAGUUCACUGUUCCAGUUCUAUUCUACGUCGUAGAUUUUCCCCCGUCCUGUCACGAUCUUUCAAGUGAAGCGUAGUUUUUAUCAUUAUUAUUAUUGUUAUUCGAACUCCUCAAACGUCGCACGUGUAUACACUGCAACAGCCACAACGGUCAAAACCCCUCUCACUUCGUCCUCCGUGGCCUUUGAAAUCCUUAACAUCAUGUGACUAUUUUUAUUUCUCAAUCGAUCAGUCGCACACUCAAAACGAAAGAAAAAUCGUAACCCUAAAAUAAACUAAUUGUUUUUACAUCAAAGUAUAAAAUAUUUUUCAUAUUUUCUCACGAAAUAUACAUAUUAUUAUGGAUAUUAUAUAAUUAUUAUAAAUAUUAUUAUUAUAUUCAGCACCAAUUUAACGGGUGUGUAUUGUAUCUUAAUAUGUUCGUAGCCCGAUUAUCGCUAUUCAUAUUGCAUGCAUAACCAGUUAUCGUGUACAUAAUACUAUAUCAACCACGCAAUCCGUUUUUGUUGUAUAAAACCGUCGUAUAAUUUUUAUAUUUUAUUGUAAAUAAUUUCAACAAUUAUUUUAUUUUCAUUAUAUUAUUAUUAUUUUUUUUUGUCCCCCGCUAUAUUAUAAUAUUUAUAUUAAAAGUCCAAUAAUAUCUUUUUCAAUCAGAUUGGACAACGGAGUAUAUUAUUCUUGUUUCGACCAUUGAAACGAU